CGCGUUCCUCUUUAGGUACGGGUACCCGCUUCUGUUCGUCGUCGGCGUCGACGACGAAAAUCGCAGCUGCAUUUUGGGGCAGGGAUUGCUGCGAUCAGAGUGUACACAAACAUUCGAGUGGAUGCUCAACAGAUAUGAAACUGCUGCCGGUGGGCGGAGGCCGAAGGUAAUCUUGACCGAUGCUGAUCUUGCGAUGACCGCUGCAAUAGCCUCCUGUUGGCCAGACACGCUGCAUUUGCACUGCUUGUGGCACAUCUUCAAGAAUGUCCUCAAGAACUGCUCGUCAUCAUUUCCUGACAAUGACGCCAAGGCCGACAUGAUGCGUACCUUUAGACGCGCAGCGUAUGCGGCUACUCCGGAGGUGCGAUACCGGUCCAUCGUGUUUUCCCGCUACAAGAUGGCCCCAGACGUGUAUCGGUCUAUCACACCCCUUGACCGAGUCAUGACGAGCCGUAGACAUCAAUUGUGGCGGCGUAUCAGCGUACAAAAGACCUAG